UCACGUUCAUUUGAUGUGCCGUCAUGGUGAGGAUUUAUGAAUCAUCUUAUCUUGUUUAAAUUGGCCCAGCCUUAAACACGGCGUGUCAAGGAUUUGGCAUUGAAGGAGCUGCAUAAAUGUGCGGCCCCGCAGCCGCUCAGGGCCUUCCUGCAGAGCUCCUCUCUGCUCGGCCUCCUCUGGAUCAGACCCUGCUCCCGGGUCCCGUUGCGGUGGACAUGACUUGGUUCCUGUGUCUGUGUGUGCUGUUUGCCGUGGCGCUGGCUCUGUUGCUGCUGCAGUUGAAUCUCGGGGUAUUGGCGCAUGGCCCCCGGGAGCCCCCCCGCCUCCCAGCCCUCCCGCUCAUCGGCAGCCUGCUGAGUUUGCGGAGCCCGCACGCUCCUCAUGUGCUCUUCAAAGACCUGCAGGGGAAAUACGGGCCGACGUACUCGCUGAUGAUGGGCUCCCACCGCGUCAUCGUAGUCAACCAGCACGUGCACGCCAAGCAAGUCCUGCUGAGGAAGGGGAAGAUAUUUGCAGGAAGACCAAGAACGGUUACCACAGACGUUCUGACCAGAGAUGGGAAAGACAUCGCGUUUGGAGACUACAGUGCCACAUGGAAGUUCCACAGGAAGAUCGUCCAUGGAGCUCUGUGCAUGUUUGGAGAGGGCUCCUCGUCCAUUGAGAAGAUCAGUGAGUACAGUUUCCUCCAUUCUGAUCUGAUACACACAAUGUGUAUCGAUGCUCAGCAUCCAGGGAAUAGACGUGGUCGUGCCGGUGAGCAUCUGUUUCCACUGCCCCGCUCAGUCCACGUCCAGGCCCAGUCUCUGUGCGGCGUCCUGUCUGAGGCGGCGGCAGCCGGACAGGCCCUGGAUCUGUCUCCCGAGCUGACCCGGGCCGUCACCAACGUCAUCUGCUCGCUCUGCUUCCACUCGUCGUACCGCCGGGGGGACCCGGAGUUCGAGGCCAUGCUGCUUUACAGCCAGGGCAUCGUGGACACGGUGGCGAAGGACAGCUUGGUGGACAUCUUCCCCUGGUUGCAGAUCUUUCCUAACGCGGACCUGCAGCUCCUGAAGCAGUGUGUUGCAAUCCGAGACAAACUUCUACAGAAGAAAUAUGAUGAACACAAGGCAGACUACAGUGACCACGUGCAGAGGGACCUGCUGGACGCUCUGCUGAGAGCCAAGCGCAGCGCCGAGAACAACAACACGGCAGAGAUCACGCCGGGGUCGGUGGGCCUGAGCGACGACCACCUCCUCAUGACCGUGGGGGACAUCUUCGGCGCCGGAGUGGAGACCACCACCACCGUGCUCAAGUGGGCCAUCGCCUACCUCAUCCAUCACCCGCAGGUACAGAGGCGUAUCCAGGAGGAGCUGGACAGCAAGGUCGGGGGGGACAGGUGUCCCCAGCUCAGCGACAGAGGCAGUCUGCCCUACCUGGAGGCAACCAUCAGGGAGGUGUUACGGAUCCGCCCCGUGGCCCCUUUGCUCAUCCCCCAUGUGGCCCUCAGUGACACUAGCCUCGGGGACUUUGCAGUGAAGAAAGGAACGCGAGUCAUCAUCAACCUGUGGUCCCUCCACCACGAUGAGAAGGAAUGGAAAAACCCAGAGCUCUUUGACCCUGGUCGGUUCUUGGACAGUGACGGCACAGGUCUGGUCAUCCCGUCGUCCAGCUACCUGCCGUUUGGGGCCGGGGUAAGGGUGUGUCUGGGCGAGGCCUUGGCCAAGAUGGAGCUCUUCCUCUUCUUGUCGUGGAUCCUACAGCGCUUCACCCUCUCCGUCCCACCGGACCAGUCCCUGCCCAGUCUGGAGGGAAAGUUUGGAGUGGUCCUCCAGCCCGCCAGGUACGAGGUGAACGCCGUGCCCAGAACGGGCUGGGAGAGGAACAGGGGCCAGCCGUGUUGAGGCUCUCAAGCGCCUCUCAUUGGCGAUCCGAGGGUCUGCAUGCAGAUGGUCAAGCUUGAAGCAACGAACUGGACAUCAAAUCUCUUUGUCUGCGUGACAUUUAUCAUUAUAUUUUCUCAAUGUAACGCAAUCCCAACGGACACUUUGGUACAUUAUUUAUAAAUACUUGCAUCUCUAGUGACUUCUCUUGCUGCACAGAAGACCACGGCUUGAAUUGGAAUAGUCCUUUUUGUUUAGGAAGGUUCCCUAACUGAGUGAAAUGAAUUGUCGUGAAUUCUCUUAUGCGGUAGCUUCUUUACUUAGCUCCUUUAGCAUAGGAACACUGCACCUAGCUUUACAAAAGGAAAAGAAAAAUUCCGUUCCACAACUUCUUGCGGCGGCAAUAUUCAACCAGUGACCCACUGGGCCGUUCGUGAGAACCGUCAUGAGCCCAGAAACGCAGAUCGUGUAAGUAACUGUUAACUGUUGCAGCCUUGUUAAUAAAGUAAUGCUUUGAACCUG